ACCAGUGCCCAGUGUAGCUGCACCACUGCCCAGUGUCCAGACUCCACCACUGCCCAGUGUCCAGGCUCCACCACUGCUCAGAGUCCGGGCUCCUUCAGCUGCACCAGUACCCAGUGUCCAGGAUCCUUUAGAUACACCAGUGCCCUCAGCAAUGGCUGUUGACGAACACUGCAUUCCUGGAAUGGACCGGGUGGAUGCGUUGGCAGAGUGUCUGGUGGAGCUGCGCACACAGACAAGCCUCACACUUACCAACCAACAAGUUGCGACCAUUGUGGGUCUGUGGCAGAACCUGGACAAAUUUGAUAAAGACAGGGUGGUGUAUGCUGCUCGUCAUCAAGACAGGCUACUUACAGGACGUUUUAGGUCCCCAAAAAAGAAAGCUGUCUUCACUCCUGGUGUCGACAGCACAAAAAGGUGUGUUUUGGGUUCUAGCGGCUCUCCAGCACAGUGGCCUAAUUGCUGUCGCCUUGUUGAAAUGAUUUUCAUAAGGUUAUGUAACAUCCACCGAAGCCCCAAGAAACAGCGGACAGAAUGUCUGUCUAGAUGGGAUCUCAUUCUUCGUGAUUACAGAAAAAUUCGGCAGCUAAUCCUGAGCAAUGGAACGGUGAUGAGUGACACAACCCUUCAGCUAGUUGAGGUAAAUCAGAGGACCCUUACGACAUGGCACAAUAACCGUUUAAAGGGUCAGGAGGUCUCCUUGCUGUUGCAAGGGCUGGACCUUCCAGAGGCACGUCCAGUGGCUUUGGAUGUUUUGCCUCCAGCACGAGUACAGCCUGUUGUGCCUCCACAAUAUAGCCACCAGUUGCAUACCUACCAGAUGCCACCAGACACAGCUGGACAGGCAAAGACAAAGUUUAGAAAGAUUGCGCCCUCAGCUACCUGUACAUCUGCCACAGCAACUUCAAUCUGGCCAUCAGCCGUACACCCUCAGCAUUCAGCCACGUCCAGCCAGCUAAGGACAAUUUGUCCCAGGCCGACAGCACCACACCCAUUGGUUCCUGACACACCCACUGCCCCUGUUGUGUCUCAGAUGUUUCUGGUGCCCUGCCCAGCCCCAUUUUCCACCAUUAACCCUGGAGCAAUUUCCUCUGAGCCACCUGCAAAUGACACAGCCACUCCAACCAAACGAUCGUACAAUCGCACUGUAAAAGCAAAUUCGUGCAGAAAGUGUGGCCAAUUUCGUACUCAAGAAACUGGCCAUAGCCAGUACAAAGGCAAAAUAUAUUGCCCUAAUAAAGAAACAAUUACGAAGGAGCAGUGGUUACAGAUUAUGAGAAGAUAACUCAUUUAUUUAUGUGUGAUACAUUCAUUUUGUUCUCUUGGUUGGAUCUGUUCUGUUUUUUAUCUUCCAGCCAUAUUUAAUGUUAAAGAGUUAUACUGUGCACUUUUUUUUAUCUUGUAUUAUUAUUAUUAUUAUUAUUAUUAUUAUUAUAAACAUGUGGGUAUGUAUGUGAAUACACUAUAAUACAUAUGGA